AUGGAUAAAGCUUGGGUCUGGUUACCAAGGAAUAGUCUCGAGUAUGAGCAAGGUGCAACUGAGUUUGUUUUUUCGUCAUCAAGACGAUUGGGUGAUCUAGUUGAAAUGUUCUGCCCUUGCGUUGAUUGCCGCAAUGUCUGCCAUCAAUCAAGAGAGACAGUUUUUGAGCAUCUCGUCAUCAGAGGGAUGGAUCAGAAGUACAAGAGAUGUAAAUAUUGGAGUAAACACGGGGAUAUAAGGCCAGAUAAGACAGCUGAUGUUCAGACGUCUGAAAAUGAGGCUUGUGAGUUGAUGAGGACAGCUUUUAUAGCGAGCGAUGGCAAGACACCAUUUGAGAAGCAGAAUUCAGAGGAUUUUGAUGGUAUUGAGAGGCCAGAAGAGGACGAGUUUAGGAAGAAGUUAGAUGAUGCCGAGACUCCACUGUACCCGACAUGUCUGAAAUACACCAAGAGUGGGAUGUCAGAGAGCUAUUUCGACCAGCUAAUGACAUUAGUUCAUGACAUGCUACCUCCAGAUAAUGUUCUGCCUAAGUCUACGGAUGAGAUGAAGAAGUUCUUAAAGGUGUUUGGUUUUGGUUAUGAUGUCAUCCACGCCUGCAAAAAUGAUUGUAUCCUUUAUAGGAAACAGUAUGCGGAGUUAGUUUGCUGUCCAAGAUGUAGUGAAUCAAGAUGGGAAAGAGAUAAGCACAAUGGUGAGGAGAAGAAAGGAGUUCCAUGUAAGGUCCUUAGGUAUUUUCCCAUAAAAGAGAGAUUCAAGAGGAUGUUUAGAUCGAAACGGUUGGCUGAGGAUUUAUGUUGGCACUUCAACAAUGCAACUGAAGAUGGAUCUAUGCGGCAUCCUGUGGAUUCUUUGACUUGGGUUCAGGCAAACGAUAAGUGGCCGGAAUUUUCUGCUGAAGCAAGAAACCUGAGACUAGGUCUUUCUACUGAUGGGAUGAAUCCAUUCUCGAUCCACAACACCAAGUACAGCACGUGGCCGGUUCUCCUAGUUAACUACAAUAUGGCACCAACUCAGUGCAUGAAAGCGGAGAACAUUAUGUUGACGAUGUUGAUACCUGGACCAACAACACCUAGCAACAACAUUGAUGUGUAUCUAGAGCCCCUGAUAGAGGACCUCAAGGACUUGUGGACCGAAGGUAUUGAAGUUUAUGAUGCCUUUAAGAAGGAGAGUUUUAAUUUAAGAGCUAUGUUGCUGUGGAGUAUCACAGACUACCCAGCUUUAGGGACAUUAGCUGGAUGCAAUGUUAAGGGGAUGCAAGCGUGUAUUGUAUGUGGGAAGGAGACACCGCAUAGAUGGCUUAAGUUUAGUAGGAAACAUGUAUAUAUGGGCAACAGGAAGCGACUGAUGCCUGGUCAUCCCGACAGACGUAGAAAGGGUUGGUUUGACAACACAGUGGAGUCUGGUGUUUCAAAGAGGAUUCAGAGUGGGAAAGAAAUAUUUGACAGCUUUAGAGGAUUUAGAAAUGAUUUUGGAAGACCAUUAGCUAAAAAGGAGAAGCGUAAAAGGGCAGAAGCAGAAGAUGACGAUGAUGAAGCUGCAACAGCUGAAGAAAUCGAAGAAGAAGAUGAUUUAUGGAGGUUGAAAAAAAAGUCUAUCUUCUUUGACUUACCAUAUUGGAAGGAAAUGCCUGUCAGGCAUAACAUAGAUGUUAUGCACGUCGAGAAGAACGUCUCAGACGCACUACUAUCUAUUAUUAUGAAUAAUGCAAAAUCAAAGGAUGGGUUGAAAGCAAGAAAAGAUUUAGAAGACAUGGGAAUCAGGAGCAACUUACAUCCAGAGAAGCGUGGGAAGAGAACUUAUUUGCCUCCAGCUGCAUUUUGGCUUUCCAAGGAAGAGAAAAAAAAAUUCUGUUUAUUGCCUAAAGGACCUCAGAUAGCUGUCAAUCGUAUCUGCAACUACUUCAACAGACUUUGCCAACGAGUUAUUGAUCCAGAGAAGCUACUGACUCUAGAAUCUGAGAUUGUAGAAACAAUGUGCCAGUUGGAGAGAUUUUUUCCACCAUCACUCUUCGACAUUAUGUUUCACCUUCCUCUCCAUCUAGCUAAAGAAGCACGCUUGGGUGGCCCUGUGCACUUCAGAUGGAUGUAUCCGUUUGAGAGAUAUAUGAAGACUCUAAAAGCUUAUGUCAAGAAUUUUGCACGACCCGAAGCUUGUAUGGCUGAGGGAUAUUUGUCUAGUGAAUGCAUUGCGUUUUGUAUGGAGUUCCUUCGAAAAUCUGUUCCAGUCCAGGAAGUAAUUAAUAGAAAUGAAGAUAUUGAGGCAAUUCAGAAUGUCCUUGAAGGAAGACCAUUACAGAAAGCUACAGAAGUAACCCUCACAGAUAAGGAGAGAGAUAUAGCUCAUCGUUAUAUCCUCAUGAAUACAGCAGUCAUGGAUCCGUAUAUUGGGUUGCAUUUGGAAGAACUGCAAGCUACUGAUGAAAGAUGCGCACAAAAUGAAACUCUACUGUGGAAAUAUCACACAGAAAGGUUCCCCCAGUGGAUAAAAGAUAAGAUACCUAAUAACUCGAAGGAACAUUCGAAAAGGCUGAGAUGGCUUGCUUUUGGACCAAGGAAUAUUGCUCACACAUACAAGGGAUACGUGGUGAAUGGACAUCGAUACCAUUGUGAUGAUGUAAAGCGCAGUACACAGAAUAGUGGGGUUGCAUAUGAAGCAUUUUCGAUGUGUCGAGCUAGCGCUAAAGAUUCUAAGCAAAUGGCGGACAUGGUAGCUUACUAUGGAGUGAUAAAGGAGAUCAUAUUGGUGGACUACCACAUGUUCCAAAUUCCCCUGUUUAAGUGUAGUUGGGCUCACAAAGGGAAAGGAGUUAAAGAGGAAGAAGGGUUCACACUUGUCAAUCUUCAUAUGAACCAGUCAUCAUUUGCAAACGAUCCAUACAUUCUGCCAUCGCAAGCUAAACAGGUCUUUUAUUCUAGAGAAGAUGAAAGCUCACCUUGGUAUGUUGUUAUGCGGGCACCACCAAGAGGAUACCAUGAGUUAGAGACAGAAGAGAAGAUCGAUUUUGAACCAUCAGUCCAGCCAAUUGAAGAUAUAGGAUAUCAAUCUGAUGAUGAGAGUUUCUGUGUUAGGGAAGACUGUGAAGGUGUCCUUGUUGAUGUUUAG